GACCUUCGUGCCUACCCACACGGAUGGGACGCACCCGGCUUUGCAGAGGAUGAGAAAUGGAAGAAGGCAACGCCAGUCACUGGGCCAAGGGGCAAGCUGAAGUACCAGAAUCAGCCGCCAGUCGUCCUUCAUGAGACGUACAAGCCGAAGACACAGAAGACACUCGAGCCUGGCGUUGUUGGCUUCGACAUGGGCCAAAAUAUGACCACCAUGAUCAAAGUCCACGUCCAAGGACCUGCAGGCUCCGAGGUGAUCAUCCGCUUCUCAGAGACGGUCGGAGACGAUGGCAAAGUGCUGAUGCCGGACCCCCUGUUUAAGGCCUUCGAGACGGAUGUGUUCUGCAAGUUCACUCUCGCGGGAACAGGCGUCGAAACUUGGGAGCCUGAUUUCUGCUUCACAGCUGCGCGUUACAUCCAGGUCGAGGGCGUGGCGCUCGAAUCUGACAACCCCAACGGCCUCCCCACCAUCCUCUCCCUCGAGAGUCGCCACAUCUCCUCCGCAGCCCGGCGCCUCGGCACCAUGACGACGGACAAAGAAGACUGCAACCAGCUGCUCAACAUGUGUUACUGGUCCUUCGUUUCAAACCUCUUCAGCUACCACACCGACUGCCCGCAGAUCGAGAAGUUCGGCUGGCUCGAAGUAACGCAUCUUCUCGCGCCCGCCACUCAAUACAUCCGCGACAUGGAGGCGUUGUACAGCAAGAUCCUUGACGACAUCGUCGACACACAAGAACCGAACGGCCUAUGCCCGACCAUGGCGCCCGAGAUCCGAUACAUGUGCGGGCCUCUGCACGAUACAAUCACGUGGGGCGGCGCCGUCGCGCUGCUGCCCGAGUUACUGCGUUUCUACUACGGCAGCACACACGUCUACACAAAGCUGUUCGACCCGUGCGUGCGUUACAUGGAGUACAUCGCGACCAAGGAACGUGACGGCGGGCUGAUCGAGCACGGCCUGGGAGACUGGGGCCGCGACAUUGCGUUCGGAAACAACCAGGCCAAUAUCGAGACAGCGAUCUACUACCGCUGCCUGCGCAACAUCCAGCACAUGGCCGCCGAGCUGCACAAGCCAGACCAAGAAGAACGCUUCAAGGCUUGGGCCGACCGCAUCUACGCCGCAUACAACACCAACCUGCUCAUAACAGACAAGGAGAAGUACCCCUACGCCUUCUACACCUCGCGCGACACCCCAGGCGUCUUGGAUAGGAACAUGGUCGCGCAGGCCUUCGCGCUGCAAUUCGACCUCGUCCCCGCCGCUCACAUCGCCGACGUCCAAGCCGCCUUCCUCGCCGACUGCGACGCCUCCGGCCACCGCAUCCAAGCCGGCGAGAUCGGGCUCAAGUACCUGUGGAACACGCUCGCCGACGUCGACCGCCCGGACAUCGUGCUCACCAUGGCGCGUCAAGAGGAGCACCCCAGUUACAUGCGAUUCCUGCGCCGCGGCGAAACAACGCUCAACGAGUUCUGGCAGGACGCGUGCCGCAGCAAGUGCCACGACAUGCUGGGCACCGUGUACGAGUGGUUCUACGAGGCGGUGCUGGGCGUCAAGUGCGAGACGCAGGCGUACCGCACGUGGACUGUUAAGCCGCCGCUGAAGUCAGAGUUUGGGCAUGUCAAGGGCGAUGUUGAUUGUCCGUAUGGCAAGAUCGAGGUCGAGUAUACGAAGAGUGCGGAUGGCGGUGUGGCGAUGAAGGUCACCGUGCCGACGAGCACGACUGGGUAUCUGCUGCUGCCACGUGAGGAGAGCGAGGCCGAUGUCACGCGGGUGCAGACGUCGCAGGGUAAGGCGACACAGAAAGGGAGGAGGAUCGCGUUGAAGCCGGGACGCUAUGAGAUAGUCGUGAGAGCGUGAAGAUCAGACAUGCUUCUUAGGUAUCUGCUUCUUGUGUUUUGGAGGCCUCGAUUGCAGUCUCUUCCUCAUCUAUGACAUAUCACUUGAAUAUCCGAAAUGCAAUGACUACGAUAAGAG